AAAGGAGUUUACUUUGAGUUUAAAGUUGACUUAAAACAUAACGUUACAUAAUGCAGGCACAAUUUAAGGGAUCACAGUUAAAGGCUUACUCCAGUUAAAAUUUACCAAGGUUACUUAAGGCUUGACAUAGUUUUGUUGUGCAAGUUGCAUUUUUGACAAACCAACCUGUAUCUUACUAACAUAUCUUACCUGAUGGAUCAGCUGUAAUAUUUUGUUGCAACCAUUGUGUAGUAUAUAUGCCCUUUAAAGUACUAUGAUGCUUAAAGGUCAUUGCUUAAAGGGCUUCAAAAAGAGAGUUAUCUUUGUAGUAACAUGCUAAUUACAAUUUGUCAGUUAAGAAAUGCAUUUAGCUUUUCCAAAUUGUUUCCUACACAAACAUUUGUGUUCUUGGAUAUUGUGAAUCUGCAAAGCCUCUGUAUUUGAUUUUCAAUCUCGAGUGGAAGUAUAAUCAAGUGUGUGCACCUUUGAUAAAACAUCAACAGGCAAGUCAUCAUGGUUGGUCAGUCGAUGCACACCUACAAUCUCAACCAAAAAUUUAACACAUACUCCUCAGUCGCCAGAUGAAACUGACUGACUAACGAAGACUCCAAACAGAUCAAGGACAUGUCCCUCCUCACUCACAUCUUAGCCUGCCUGUUUGGAAUGGGCUCCUGGGUGACCAUUUGUGGGCUUUGGGUUGAGCUGCCCCUCAUUGUCCCUCAGGUGCCUGAAGGCUGGUACCUCCCCUCCUAUCUCUCCAUCCUGACCCAGGCUGCUAAUGUUGGUCCUCUGUUUGUCACCCUGAUGCACCAAUUCCAACCAGGAAAGCUCAAUGAAACCGCUGUGAUCUACUUCAUUGUCAGUUUUGGGACCCUCUCAAGCCUCCUCUUAGCUUUCUUCUGGAAGGCGACGGUCGUAGUUCAAGGAGUUGAGCGCAGCAUUUAUCUCCUGAUCCUGACCUUCUUCAUCUCCACUGUGGACUGCACCUCAUCAGUGACUUUCCUACCAUUCAUGAUGCAGCUCAAGCCAGAGUAUCUCACCUCUUAUUAUGUAGGUGAAGGUUUGAGUGGACUGAUCCCGGCUGUAGUGGCUCUGAUUCAAGGAGUAGGUGUCCUGCAAUGUGUCGAAGGCACCCAAAACUUGAAUCCCAAUGAAACAAUAAAUGGGUCUUUGGACUCGACUAAUCACCUAAUACCACACUACUUACCAGCCAACUUCUCAGCUAAGGCUUUUUUUUUCUUCCUGGCAGCUAUGAUGUUUGUCUGCUUGGUAGCCUUCCUGCUUUUGAACAACCUCCCAGUAGUGGCUCGAGAGCGCUCAAGCAGCCUCAGAUACCAAGGUGCUAUUAGAAAUAAGGACUUUGUGAAGGAAAAGAAAAGCCGUGAACGGAAGCCCAUGAUGAAUUCUCCAAAUGGCAUCCAGAAGUUCAAUGGGAUGUUUGGAAAGGGAACCUACAGCUGGGCACAAAUUUUAUACAUCUUCAUCAUCCUGGCCUGGGUGAAUGCUCUGACCAAUUCGGUGUUACUAUCUGUUCAGUCCUAUUCAUGUCUGCCUUAUGGAAACCAUGCUUAUCAUUGGUCUGCUACUAUGGCAUCCAUAGCAAACCCAUUGGCCUGCUUCAUUGCCAUGUUCUAUGCUCAAAGGUCUCUGGUGCUGAUGGGGUUUCUGACUGCUUUUGGCACUGUUUUUGGCAUUUAUAUCAUGGCCAUGGCAGUGCUGAGUCCCUGUCCACUGCUGGUCAACCACAUUUCUGGAGCCAUUCUAAUAGUGGCAGCUUGGACAUUUUUUGUUCUCACACUGUCCUAUGUGAAGGUGAUCAUUGCAGUGAUCUUGCGUGAUGAAGGUCACAGCGCUCUUGUGUGGUGUGGUGCAGUAGUGCAGUUGGGCUCACUGCUGGGAGCUGUGAUAAUGUUCCCUUUAGUCAAUGUGUACAACUUUUUCUCUUCAGGAGACCCAUGCAACUCCACUUGCUAAUGUCAGUAAGAAAUUUCACAACACAGAAAUAUGAUCAGAAGCAUAACAUAUUGUAGUAUUUUAGUAUUAUUGAUUUCUGUGGCUGUAUAAAGAGUUGUUCUUUAAAUUUAGAAAAUAAUUAAAAAUCAAUAUUUUUGUAAUAUGAGCUUUUGUAACAUUUUAACAUUUCAAAGGUUUAAUAUAUUAAUACAUUUUAAUUAUUUAAUAUAUAUUUAGUAAAUUUUCUGAAAUCUGACAUAUUGCUUUAAAACAUUUAUAUAUAGUAAAGAAUUAAUAUUUAUAGUUUUGUUUCUGGUUCUGUUUUAAUUUAUUGAAAUUUUUAUUUUAAUUUUUUUUGUACUGCAGGAAAAGCACAAUAGGUAGAAGACUCAUAUUUCUUACUAAUAAUAACUUAACGUCUUUUGUUUUCAUAACUGAGAAUAAAUACAAUGAAAUGAAAUAGAAAGGAAGUGCUCUAGGAUUAAUAAUUCUGCUUUCUGCUUUUAAAUCAUUCAGUGUGAUUCAUUCAAAAUGACCACUUGGUGGCAAUGUCUACGUAUUUUAAAUUCUCUUUCAUAUGACCAUUUGUAUUUCUUUGGUGUUUCAAAAUAUAUUUAAGUACAAAGUGUAUGUGAAAACAUGUGAACUGUGUAAUAGAUCCAACCAUAAGAAAUUCUUUGCCAUA